GUAGAUGAAGAGUACAUAACUUUGAAAUAAGAGAUUUCUUAUUAGAAAAUCCUCCGAAGGUCUGAAUGUGAAGAGAUUCCAAUGGAUCACAUUACACGUGAAAUGAGGAAGGAAAGCAGGUUUAAGAAAGCAGAAGGGCUUGCUUCACACGCUCUUCGUGGGCUGAUCUAAUGACUGCGCCAAGCAGGAGACAGCGAGCGAGCCUCCUCGCAAACAAAGCUGACACUGGAAAUCAUGAACGCCACAGUGACGAAGGGCUUCAACGGGUCUGAGCAGUGCCCCAGGGAUACGCGGAUAGCACAGCUGGUGUUCCCAGCCAUUUACACCAUUGUUUUCUUCACCAGCAUCUCGCUGAACACUCUGGCCCUGUGGGUGUUCAUUCACAUUCCCAGCUCUUCCACCUUCAUCGUUUACCUCAAAAGUACUCUGGUGGCCGACUUGGUAAUGACACUCACGCUUCCAUUUAAAAUCCUCUCCGAUUCACACCUGGGACCCUGGCAACUCAGAGCCUUCGUGUGUCGCUUCUCCGCCGUCAUCUUCUAUGAGACCAUGUACGUGGGCAUCAUUCUGCUGGGCCUCAUCGCCUUUGACAGAUUCCUCAAGAUCAUCAGACCUUUUGGAAAAUUCUUUGUACAAAAACCCACUUUUGCAAAAACAGUCUCAACCUUUGUCUGGUUCCUUUUGUUCCUCAUCUCUCUGCCAAACAUGAUCUUAAGCAACCAGAAGAUGACACCGUCAACUGUGAAAAAGUGUGCCUCCUUAAAGAGCCCUCUGGGGUUGAAGUGGCACCAAGCGGUGAAUUACAUAUCCCAGUUCAUUUUCUGGACGGUUUUUGCCUUAAUGCUUCUGUUUUAUGUGGUGAUUGCAAAAAAAGUAUAUGAUUCUUACAGAAAGUCGAAAAGUAAGGACAGCAAAAGCAACAAGAAGCUGGAAGGUAAAGUGUUUAUUGUUGUAGCUGUCUUCUUUCUGUGUUUUGCUCCAUUUCAUUUUGCCAGAGUUCCAUAUACUCAGAGUCAAACCAACAGCAAGACUAACUGUAGAUUGCAGCAUCAACUGUUUAUCGCUAAAGAAACAACUCUCUUGUUGGCUGCAACAAACAUCUGUAUGGAUCCCUUAAUAUAUAUUUUUUUAUGUAAAAAUUUCACAAGAAGGUUAUUAUGCAUGAGAGGAAGAAAGACUACAGCAUCAAACCAAGACAAUCAUACCAGUCAGACAGACAAUAUAACCCUAAACUGAAGACUUUAUCAUGGCUCACUUCUAUUUAUGGACUAGAUUUCAAAAGACAAUUUAUUUGGAAAUAACAUUUAAGCAAUAAAAAGGGAUUAAAAUAAAUGUUUUCUUACAUUUUAUUAUCCUGAUGUACAAAAAGGAUUAUGUAAAUUUAAUUCCACAUAGAUGUAUUCAUAAGCAGAAUGAAGUAUCAUUAAGAGAAUGCAACAGAAAGCAAGUGGCCACUAGAGGUCAUCUUUUCUAGAACAUUCACUUACAUUUUGGAAUAGAUUUAUUGUGGAUAAAUGUGUAUUCCAAAAAACCUCCCCUCCAAAACACCUUCUCACAUUGUUUUACACACAUAAUUCAAACAGCACUCCGACUUUGUAUUCCAAAAAUGUUGAUACUUGCUGAAUUUUUGGGAAAAAAGAAAACCACCUUGAAAGUCCUUCGGUGAAGCUGAAACUUAGGGGUUGAAAGGGAUGCCACAUAUGAAGCAUCUGGGGAGCUGUAGGUGGUCAAAGGCCUUUGAAAGCUCCUUACAGUUACAAAGAGCCUUUUCCAUGUCAACAUAGGAGGCACGGGCACCAUAAUUAAGCCACAUGAAACACUGUGCUAUAAUACUUUGCUCACAUGCCAAGAGCAUACAAUUCAAGGGCAAAAAUACUGUAUUCUUCUUCUUUAGAAUUUCCCUCUGCCCAGCAAAUCCUCUAAUGGUGGUUGAAUAUGCCACCUACUUGGUUAGCAAAGCCUUCCUGGGCAACAACCUCUAUCCUCCUGCCUCCCACUCUGGUUAAAAAUAAUUGCUUCUCCAACUGUUUGGGAAUGUUUUAGGGCCUUCAUUGCAUAUGUCCCUUUACCAGUUCACUGUACUCUUGACCGCAUCCCCUAAAGAUGGUUAGGAUUCUCUAAGAAAAAUGUGUUUUGAAGACAGAAAAUGUCAUUUUUUAUUGGUAAAUCCCACAAUACUUCCCACUGACCUUGGGUUACAAAUGUUUUAUAUAGAAUAUGUCAGAAUAUUAUGCUAUUCUUGGUACAUACAUAGAUGAAACUGCUGGCCCACAACCAGUAACAUCCAUACUGGAAUAUUUUUCAAAGGAUGGAGCCCUACUUGGACUUAUUUACCUCUGCAUGUUUUUCCUGAAUACCUUUGUGGUUCAAAAAAAACUACAAAAUGGUUAUCUGGUAUUGUAGAUGCCAACUUAAAACUUCCAGAGAGAAUGCACAAAGGAAUGCUCACGCUCUGUAAAUGUGCCUCCAGCUCCAGCGUUAUCAUCGGAAGGUGAAUCUCAGGCCUCUUCCUAUGCCCUCAAGGGCACUGAGGCCCUGGAACCUGCCCACCUCUCUGGCCUCAUCGCCUCACUGCUUUUCCAUCCCUGGAACUUCACACUUUUCUAUAAACCUGAACAUGCCAGGCUUUUUUGCCCCUGUGCCAUUGCACAUGUAAAUUUACCUCUGACUCACC